GAACUCUUUUCAUAAACCCUUAAAUAACGUCUUCAUACAUUUUUCACAACCAUCAUCUACUGAUCUGUUAUAUUAAUGUUGUAUUAGUGUGUGUACGUACAUGUUUUAACUAUAUGUAUAUGUGGGAUAAUAAUUGAGAUCACUGUUAAUAUUUCUCAUAUUGUUUGCAAUGCCUUAUAAUUAAUUUUUGACUUGUGUUCUAUUUAUAUCUAUAUGACAUUUAAAUUUGGAAAAUUGGAUAUAAAUAUAUAUAUACAUACGUACAUUAUAUAGUAACAUUAUAUAUAUAUAUUAAAUUCCAGAUGAGGAGAUCACAUUCAUGGGCCUCCUUAACACCCUGGUACCUACGGAGAAUGCUUUGUUGAAUGUGUACGUCGGGACAGGAAAGUUUGCCUUCUCUGCAGAUAUCAAACUUGUACUCCGUAACUGUUAUGCUAAAUAUCACAGAGAACCGACCCAGGAAGAGUUUGAGUUAGAAUGGAACCGUAUCAAAGGUACUGGCAUAGAACACUUAAUGGAACAGGUUGAUUUAGAGAAAACAAGAGCCAACAGAACAGAGGAGGAGAAGAUGAGGGCAGAGGAGGAGAAGAUGAGGGCAGAGGAGGAGAAGAUGAGGGCAGAGGAGGAGAAGAUGAGGGCAGAGGAGGAGAAGAUGAGGGCAGAGGAGGAGAAGAUGAGGGCAGAGGAGGAGAAACUGGAGGCUUUGAACAGAGAGGCCAUGCUGAAGGAGGAGAAGAUGAGGGCAGAGGAGGAGAAGAUGAGGGCAGAGGAGGAGAAACUGGAGGCUUUGAACAGGGAGGCCAUGCUGGGGGAGGAAAAAAGGAGGGCAGAGGAGGAGAAGAUGAGGGCAGAGGAGGAGAAACUGGAGGCUUUAAACAGAGAGGCCAUGCUGAAGGAGGAGAAGAUGAGGGCAGAGGAGGAGAAGAUGAGGGCAGAGGAGGAGAAGAUGAGGGCAGAGGAGGAGAAACUGGAGGCUUUGAACAGGGAGGCCAUGCUGGGGGAGGAAAAAAGGAGGGCAGAGGAGGAGAAGAUGAGGGCAGUGGAGGAGAAACUGGAGGCUUUGAACAGAGAGGCCAUGCUGAAGGAGGAGAAGAUGAGGGCAGAGGAGGAGAAGAUGAGGGCAGAGGAGGAGAAGAUGAGGGCAGAGGAGGAGAAGAUGAGGGCAGAGGAGGAGAAAUUAGUGGUUCUUAGUGAUUACAACAAUGCUAUUGAAGUUAGAAAUGAAGCUGUUGAUGAAAUCAUACAAGGACUCAAUAGGGAGGAAAUACUAAAGAAAGAGAAGGAUGAUGAGAGGGCAAAAGCUGAGGCAGAGAGGGCAAAUGCUAAGGCAGAGAGGGCAAAAGCUGAAAUGUUAGAGAAGCAACUAGCAAAGAUGACAGCUCUUUUUGAAAAGGAAAAGAAACAACUUUUAUUACAGAUUCAACAAAUGACUGGAUGUGUGCGAGCGUGAUCUCUUUUUUGUGUGAAACUGGUAUGAAUGUAGUUUCUUCAAUAUUUGGAUACUAAAUCUAGCUCAACAUAUUGUUGGAAUUGUAUAAGAGUCGAGUGUGGAAAGGUACUAAAGGAGAGAGUUUGCUCAUCAAUUCAUUGGUUAUAAAUGUGAUACGAAUGAUAGCUUAUGGUAUGUCUGUGAUUCUCAUCCUUGUUACAUGAUGCAAUUUUUAUCAUUUAGAUAUAGUGUAUAACUUUUUCAAUGUAUUUCCCAUCGAAACGACAGCUAAGAUUCAUUCAAGACAAUGACAUUCAGAAUAUUUUCGAAAUAUCUUCUAUCUGUUAAUUAAAGGUUCUUUUUGACCUUUUGAAAUAAAAAAAAAUUUUAAAAUAUAUUUUUGUUGUUUGAAGUUUUUGUUGUUAUUGAAGUAAUGAUCAUUGGGAUGGAUUUAGAUUUUGAAAGUUGUAAUUUCUUGUGGUAAAAGUUUCAAUUCUCAUGUAUAUUGUGAGGUGUAGAUUGAUAUUUUUAUUACUUGUACAAAUCUUAUGGCAGCAGUUCUGUUCGGUAAAAAGAGUAAACAACUCUUUAUGUACCGUACAGGUGAAAAUUUAAUUAUGCAUUUCUUGUUUAUAUGUAGGUAUAUAUGUAUAUGUGUGUGUGUUUGUGAAUUUGUAUAUAAAAGUAUGUCAUAAUUAUGAUCAUCAUUUAUCGUAGAUUCAAUUGUUUUUCUCAUAUCUCGUUUCAUCUUUACCAUGAUAUUGUCGAUACAUGGGUGACCUCUGUUACCUGUGGCCACCAAAUAUGAAGUGCUAUAUUGAAAUGUUAUUGUAUGUUAUAACUAUGAUAAAAUCUGUUUACACGGAACUAACUAGUACUACCAUGUAAUGUAUAUUGUUUGAAAAUUUUGAUCAGUUUCAAUGAAAACAAAUUGUUUCAAUCUCCCCAGGACCUCCUUGUAAACAAGUUUACCCUUAAUAUGGUAUAUUUUUGAACAAUGAACUACACAAUAGAUAUUAUAAGCCAACAUGCUUUCUCCUUUAAAAUUCUUUCCUCUAUUUUACUAAAAGAUGUGUUAUCUGUCAAAUUCAACACCACCCUUCAAUUGUUAAAAGUUUAUUUUUCUUUCCCUCUUGAGAUGUGCUGGACACAAAAAAAUGUAUUCACAUUAUGAUAAAAUCAUUUAUUUUUUGGAAACUCACAAUAAUUUUUCUAUAUGAUCAUUAUACAUCUUAGAUUCUGUUGUGUAUGUAGGUUUUCUCAAUCAUGGUCAAAGAUGAAAAUAAAAUUGAAUUUGUCCCAUUUUUUAUUGUAUGAUGUAUGUAAUGUGUAUGGUUAGUAACUCUCCUUUGAUGUUUAAGUUUAUUUAAGAUCUGCUGAAGAAAUCAGGAAAUCAUGCAAUACAUGUAUAUGAAAUAAUUCUUAAAGCACAAUCGUUGAACCAUAUCCUCCUUCUGUUCUCAAUACACUAAGGCAGCAAUAAGCUGUACAUCUCGCAACUGUACAGCAUCAUUUAGUAUGUAUUGAGUUCAUGAAGUGUCCAGGCAGCCAAACACCUAAAAUUGACUUACCAGGGAUACCUUUAGAAGAGCUGCAAAAUUUCAAAGGAAAGACACAUCCAAUUUUAAAUUUACUUACAAUUUUAAAUAAGGAGGUUUUCAUGUGGAGAGAUGCUACUUUGAAUAUCAUUGAUAUCAGUACCCCCUGUUACAUAUUUACUUGUUUGUAUUUAUGCAAUGAAUUGUAAUUAUAAUUUAAACAAUUUAGAUAUGAAUGAUAUAUUAAACUUUUAAUGUUAAUGAUUGAAAACUCUUUAAAAGCUAUCAGGUUUUUCCUGCAAUUUAUGAGAUGAUUUUAGGUAAAACGACAUAAAUUUUUUAUGUAAAUUGUUUUUUGAGAUUUUUAAAAGUUAAAAUUAAUUUUCUGCAUAUUUACAAGAUAAUUUUAGAUGAGAUGUUGGUUUUAGCUGGUCUAGAUUGUUGAUGAUUGUUUAUAUGGCAGACAGUUGCUAUAUACAGUGUUACUUACUGAAUUUAUGAAAUGUACAGACAAUACCUAAACAUUUUUAUUUGUAGUAUAUACACCUACAACAAAAUUUUAAAAUGUAAAUAUGGAUGAAAAUUAUUUCAAUUGAUCUUUAUAAGUUUGAAUUCUGGAUAUUUAUUAACUUUCACAUUGUUAUCUUUGAUUUCAUUUCCAAAUUUGUCAUUUUUGUGUUUGUUUUCUCUAAUCUCUUUUGAAUGUGUUAAGUUGUUUUUUUUUUGAGACUUUUUUGUCUUUAUUCCUUAGUGCUCUCCCUUUAUGUGUAUUGACUACAAUAGUGCAUUAUUACAUUACUUUGACGGUAAUGCUACUUGUCUUCAGGUUAGUUAUCCCAUGUGUAGUCUGGAAAGGUAACGAAACUCAUGUAUAUUUUAUCUUUCAUGUAAAUAUUUUGCUAACGAUAUGCAAAUGUAUUUUGUAUAGAUAGAAUAUGAUGCAUACACUAAAUCAUGAAGUAUAUAUAGAAUAAAUGUGAAAUACUG